AUGGUUUUUAGUGGUUUUCUUAUUGAUUUGAAUAGUAUUUUCUCAUUUCUUCGAUGGAUUCAAUGGUUUAGUGCCUUUCGAUAUGCAACUAAUUUAUUAACGAUUAAUGAAUUUAGAAAUUUAACAUUUUGUUUAUCAAAUAAUACACAGAUUUGUCCAAUUACAGGUGAAGAAAUAUUAAAACAACGUGAUAUUACCUAUACAAAUAGCUGGGAUAUAUGGAAGAAUCUUCUAGCUUUAUCAAUAAUGAUUAUUAUGUUUUUAUCUAUAGCUUUUAUUCAAUUAAUACGAAUGAAAAAAAUGCAUACUUAUAUAUUUAUAUUUAUUCUCUUGUUAUCGAAUGGUUUAUUAUAUGGAUAUAACAUAGAUCAUGGAUUAAAAUAUAAACGUGAUAUUAAUACAAUUCUAUCACGAAUUGCUUCAAUCGAAGAAAAUGAUGAUAUAGAGACUUCUAUCAAUUAUGUGAAUCAACAACAAAAUGAAGAUGAAGAUGAAGAUGAAACAAAUCAUCCAUCUGGAUAUCAUAUCAUUUCAAAUAAAUAA